CUUGUCAGUGCCAGUAUCCUGUCCUUCUUGCAAGUCUGGUCCCCAGAGACAAAAUUGCAGCUCAGCCAGUUGAUCUUGGACCCGGAAUCAGGGCAAAGAGAGCUGGUGUCCAGAUGGACUCUCAGUGUUCCAGUGGACAGCCUGUGCAGCUCCGGCCUGGGGCCCUCACAUCCACUCUUCCCUGUUCCCUGCUCCACCCCAGGAUGUAGGAGGACCAGUCUCUGAAGACUGCAUUGUCCAGGCUCCCCUGUGCUGGCUUCUGGCAGGGCCAGAGCCCGUGCAGGUGCCAUGACUCAGCAGCCCCAGGAGGGCUUCGACAGGAGCGUGGAGGAUGCCCAGGCAUGGAUGAAGGCCGUGCAGGAGCGGCUGCAGGUCAAUGACAACACCCAGGGGCCCCGAGCAGCCCUGGAGGCCAGGCUCCGGGAGACAGAGAAAAUAUGCCAGCUGGAGCCUGCGGGGCGUGUGAAGGUGGACCUGGUGCUGCGGGCAGCUGAAGCCCUCUUAGCAUGCUGCCCCAGGGACCAGAAGCCUGAGAUCCUGGCCCGGCUGAAGGACAUCAAGGCCCAAUGGGAGGAAACGGUCACCUACAUGACUCACUGUCACAGCCGCAUUGAGUGGGUGUGGCUGCACUGGAGUGAGUACCUGCUGGCCCGAGAUGAGUUCUACCGCUGGUUCCAGAAGAUGACAGUCACACUAGAGCCCCCAGUGGAGCUACAGCUGGGCCUGAAGGAGAAGCAGUGGCAGCUGAGCCAUGCCCAGGUGCUCCUGCACAACGUGGACAGCCAGGCCGUGCUCCUGGACCGGCUGCUGGAGGAGGCUGCCUCCCUGUUCAACAGGAUCGGGGACCCCAGUGUGGACGAAGAUGCUCAAAAGAGGAUGAAGGCCGAGUAUGACACAGUGAAGGCCAAAGCUCAGGACCGGGUAGACCUGCUGGAGCAGGUGGCCGGGGAGCAUGCACAGUACCAGGCAGAUGUAGAUGAGUUCCAGCUGUGGCUGAAGGCCGUGGUAGAGAAGGUGAAUGGCUGCCUGGGGCGGAGCUGCCCCCUACCUACCCCACAGCGCCUCUCUGCACUGCAGGAGAUCUUCGAAGACUUCCCCCGGGGCAAGGAGUCUCUGAAGCGGCUGGAGGAGCAGUCCGUGGGGGUCAUUCAGAACACGUCCCCUCUGGGUGCAGAGAAGAUCACUGGGGAACUGGAGGAGAUGAGGAAAGUCCUGGAGAAGCUGCGCGUCCUUGGGGAGGAGGAGGAGGAGAGGCUGCGGGGCUUGCUGGCAUCCAGGGGAGCCUGUGAGCAGCACAUCAGACGGCUGGAGGCGGAGCUGGGGGAAUUCAGGGAGGGCCUGCAGAGGUUGGCCCAAGAAGGCCUGGAGCCGCCGGUGGAGGUGGAGACAGAGGAUGAGCUGGUGGCCCACUGGAGACGCUACUUGGCAACUCGGGCGGCGCUGGCCUCAGAGGAGCCCCGGGUGGACUGGCUGCAGGCACAGCUGAAGGAGGUCAUCGUCUUCCCCCAUGACCUGCAGCCACUCUCCGACAGCGUGGUCGCUGCCAUCCAGGAGUAUCAGAGUCUGAAGGGGAAGAGUACCAGGCUGCGCAAUGCCGCAGGGACAGAGCUAUGGCAGCGUUUCCAGCGGCCUCUGCAGGAUGUACAGCUAUGGAAGGCCCUGGCCCAGCGGCUCCUGGAGGUGACCACCAGCCUGCCAGACCUGCCUUCCCUCCAUACCUUCUUGCCCCAGAUCGAGGCAGCCCUGACGGAAAGCGCCCGCCUGAGAGAGCCGCUGACAAUGCUGCAGCUGAAGAGAGAGCUGCUGGUCAGCGUCUUUGGCCAGGAGAGAGCCACAGCUCUCCUGGAGCAGUUGGCAAGUUCCGUGAGGGACAGAGACCUGCUGCAUAACAGUCUUCUGCAGAGGAAAAGCAAACUGCAGAGCUUGCUUGCUCAACACAAAGACUUUGGAGCUGCUUUCAAGCCCUUGCAGGAGAAGCUCUUGGACCUCCAGGUCAGGGUCCAAGCUGAGCAUGGGCUGCAGCGGGACCUUCCUGGGAAACAGGCCCAGCUCUCGGGGUUGCAGGGACUACGGGAAGAGGGGCUGGACCUGGGGGUACAGGUGGAGGCUCUGAAGCCUCUCAUCCAGGGGAAUCCCACCCACCAGAACAAAAUGGACCAGCUUUGCUCUGACUACCAGGCUCUGCAGAGGUCUCUGGAGGACCUCGUGGACAGGUGUCAGCAGAGCGUGCGGGAGCACUGCACCUUCAGCCACCAGCUGCUGGAGCUGCGGCAGUGGAUUGCCGUGACCACACAGAAGCUGGAGUCGUAUCAGGGAGACACUGGCCCCCAGGAUGUUGGGUCUCGAGAGCACGAGGUGGAGAGGCUGGUGGCAGAAUUUCCAGAGAAGGAGGCCCAGCGGCCCCUAAUUGAAGCUCAUGGCCUGCUGGUGAUGGAGAAGUCUUCCCCAGAGGGGGCUGCCGUGGUGCAGGAGGAGCUCAGGGAGCUGGCAGAGGCAUGGCGGGCCUUGCGGCUGCGGAAAAAAAACCUGCUGAGCCUCAUCAGAAACUGGCAGCUGCCGAGGAUGGAAGUGGAUUCGGGGAAGAAAAUGGUUUUCACCAACAACAUCCCAAAGUCUGGGUUUCUCAUUGAGCCCACAGAUCCCAUUCCCAGACAUCGUCGCCGGGCAGAUCUGCCCAGGGAAGAUGAAGGUAGCCACGAAGACUUUGCCCAGCUUCUGAGGAAUUUUGAGCAGUGGCUGCAUGUGGAGAAUUCCAAGCUGGUUAGAAUCAUCGCAAUGAGAAUGGCCACAGCCAAGGACUUGAGGACCAGAGAAAUGAAACUGCAGGAGCUGGAGGCUCGGGUACCAGAAGGUCAGCAUCUCUUUGAGAACCUCCUUCGUCUUGAGCCCGCAAGGGGGACCUCGGAUGAGCUGGAAGACCUGCGCUACCAGUGGAUGCUAUACAAGUCCAAGCUAAAGGACUCCGGUCACCUGCUGGCACAGAGUUCUCCAGGGGAGCUGACUGGAUUCCAAAAGGCUCCGCGGGGGCGAGGGCUCGGCUCCAUCCUCCGGAAGGUGUGCUGCGUGGCGCUGCCGCUGCAGGUGCUGCUGCUGUUCUUCCUGCUGCUGCUGCUCCUGCUCCCUGUCGGGGACGAGCACCGCAGCUGCACGCUGGCCAACAACUUCGCCCGCUCCUUCACGCUCAUGCUGCGCUAUGACGGCCCCCCGCCCACCUAGCCCACCGGGUACACAGGUGACUGACUCUUCUUCAACCUCCAGCAGUCCCAGGGCUCCUCCUGAGGAUGCCCGCCCAGGGAAACUGGAAACAGGGGCAGGCCUGAGACCGCAGAGCUGCAUCAGUCCAAAUACUGUGUCAGUGUUCCCAGAACCAACCUCCUUUUUAUACAGUGUUGCCUAAGUUUGUUUGUACUACAGUGUUGCCUAAGUCUAUGUGUACUAUGUGCGUACUCUCUGUGACGAGGGAAUGAUGUAUAGAAUUUUUAUAUACUCUGUA